AUGAACAAUAAUAAUAGUAAUACAAACAAUAAUAAUAAUAGCAAUAGCAAUAAUAAUAAUAAUAAUAAUAAUAAUAACUCUGUAACCAAAAAGAAAUCCAAAAAAUUAAAUAACACUAAAGUUAAUCCCCAUAUAUAUGAAGAGGUUUUAAGAAGAAGAGAUCAUCUUAUAGACUCUCCAACCCCAGAGUUAUUUUAUACAAGAGUAGAAGGAGUAAUUCAAAUUGUUAAUUUUGUUGGUAUCCAAGAGCUCAUUGAUAGUAUACCAAAAACCUUUGAAGAAGCUCAAAGAAUAAGAUUAAACAAUAAUAGUUUGGGAAGAUUAAAUAAUACACACACAAUUGUUAUUUCCGAUUUAUAUCAAAUAAGUGAAGAUGAAGAAGAAAAUGUUUUAUAAAAAUAAAAAACAAAUAAAUAAAUAAAUAAAUAAAUAAAUAAAUAAAUAAAUAAAUAAAUAAAUAAAUAAAUAAAUAAAUAAAUAAAUAAAUAAAUAAAUAAAAAAAAGAUUAUAUUUACUAAAAU